AUGGUGACAGCGGCGCCGAACCGGCUAGCUCCACAAUGGCGGCGAUACAUUCCCCCGUUGAGGCCGUACACAGCAGCAACGAGGACAUGGACCCUCUGAUGCCUCAUUCCAUCGGAGAGAGCUGUUUGCCAGGUGCUUCACCUUCAGAUCAGUUAAAGAUUGGCUUCUUUAAAACAGACCGUGCUACUCAAACUGAUGUCAGUGACAUAUUGGAACUGAAAGAACUGAGUACUGCAGUUGAGACUCUGGUGAAGGAAAUUAUGAUACUUAAGAAUAGAGUGGAAUCUAAUAUACUGAUAUUAGAGGCAGACUACCAAAUGAAACUUGAAGAACAAUGCACACAUCUUUAUCAAAGGAUGAAUGACCACAAUUCUUAUCUUAAGAAUAAGUAUCUGCAGAGAAUCGAAGUCCUUCGCAAUAGUUUUAGACAGCAGCUUGCUAACGCAAUAGCAAAGAUCAAUGCUGAAUGCACAAUUCCACAGUUUUCAGAUCUCAACAUCAUCAAGGCUGUCUGGGAUUACACAGAGAAAUGGAAGCAAGCAAGAAAGCUAAAGUGUGCAGAAGAACCGUGGCAAGUUUUCCAAGAUGCUUGGAACAACCUUCCAGCUGAUAUUCUUAUAAUACUGCAUGACAGUGUACUUAAGAGAACUGAUGCCGUUUUAAAGGCAAAGGAUAGUCACGCUAAAUAUGUUUACUGUUUACAGCUCUUUAUAAAAUAUUGUACAGAACUGAGUAAAAAGAAUAAGACAACUCAUGAAGACAGCAUCACAACCUUAAGUGCUCUCAAACAAAAAGAUUUACUCAUUUCAUCAUUAAAAGAAAGAUUAGAAGAGUAUGAGAAUUCAAGACAGACUGAUAUGAUCAAUUUUGACUUGAAGAACGAAUUUGAGAAGGAGAAGCUUAUUGAAGAAAAUCAAGGACUGAAGGAACAAAUUAACUCAUUGGUGCAGGAUGCCGAAAAUAUGUCAAAAACGAUUAUUUUGAAAGAAAUGCAAAUAGAUGAAUUAGGUAAUACCAGCCGGCUAAACAGCAGGGGCAAAGCAAUGAAGGUCAAGGGUAGUGCUCAGGAUAGUGAACUUGUAGCUUUAAAAGAGAAAAGUGAAAACACUGAACAGAAAAUGCAAAAGUUAUUUCAGUCUGAAGAAUAUUUGAAAAAAGCAUUGCAAAAUGAAAAACUAAAAGGGAAACAAAUGUUGGAACUACAGAAGUUACAAAUGGAAAAGAUGUUACAUGUUACAUUGCUGAAGAUGGAAGAAAGUGAACAAGCUUCCAGAGAGCUGUCUGAAUCCUUAAAAGAAAAGGAAACUCAAUUAAUUCAUCAGAUGGAAAUCGCAUCUCUGCUGAAGCAAGUACCUAUAGUUGAGAAGGAAGCUCAUCCAGUGGAGGAAACUGAGCCCGUGAAUAGUGAUGAAAUCAUUGAAGAGCUAAAAAGUCUCAGGAAGAAAGACAGAGAGCAAAGAAAAAUUAUAGAAGAUCUUAAUAAACAGCGAGAUCGAUCAAAUCGAAUUUGGGAAAAGAAAUUUGCAAUACUGAAGCAGAGCUAUCAUGCAAUAAAGGAUGAGAUGUAUCUGAGAUGUUCUUUGCAACGGCAAGCACCAUCGCUGCACUGUGCUUUUACACAUAAUAUAAUUGGAGAAUUUCCUUGGAUUGAUUUUCGAGCAAAAAAUAAUUUUUCUCCAUAUUUCCCAUUGCCUCAGAUAGGGUCCCAAUCAGCACCACAAACAGCUCAAAGAGAGCAUAAAAUGGACAGAGCUCCAAGUGCACCAGAAGCUGUUAAUUUAAGGUAA